AUGAGAAUGACAGAUGCUGACGAUGGGGCUCAGGAGAUCGGAAGGGCUUUGCGCGAACAAGGCCGGCAGGUCCCCGAGCGCUAUGCGCAGCUGCAAGCAUCUCUGGACCAGGCAAGACCCGUCUCCGUGGAUGGCAGAGGACUCUCAGCUCCUAUGGAGGAUCAGACAAGCGCGGAACAAGGUUGGGCGAUCCUUACCAGCGGUGCCCUCCACCGACACCGUCAAGGGCGUGCACGGGCGAUGCUUCGAGGGAUCUUCAAGGAUGGAAAGAAAGGGCGCAAGGAGGCGGCCGAACACGAGGAAGCGCGCCAGAAGCGCCUGGAAACGGUGCGCCGCUGUCAGGAGACCUUUAUCGCAGCACCGCCUCAAAGUCUGCGACUGGUGGAGCCUCCUUGCAGCUGGUCUCCUCAGGCCCUGGCUUUGCGGUGGUAG